CACAUACACAGAGAGAGAGAGAGAGAGAGAGAGAGGGAAGAGAAACCCAAACAACCAAACUAACCCAACUGACGCUUUCGCCAUAUCAAUUAACCGCUAUGUCUGAAGGAGACGCUGCCGGCUCUGCCUCUCCCUCUCCUUCCCUCGAACCUCCCCACAAUGGCGCCGCCGACUCGGAAGUCGCCGGUUGUUCCGACUUGGAACCCGUCGCGGGCGAUGCCGACUUUUCUGGGCUUGGAGACGGAAACGUUGCCGGUAGAGUGAAGGGACCGUGGUCCCCGGAGGAGGAUGCCGUUCUCAGUCGAUUGGUUAGCAAGUUUGGGGCUAGAAACUGGAGCAUGAUCGCGAGAGGAAUACCCGGCCGCUCCGGCAAGUCUUGCCGUCUCCGUUGGUGUAAUCAACUUGACCCUGGUGUUAAACGCAAGCCCUUUACUGAAGAAGAAGAUCAUAUUAUAGUUGCAGCCCAUGCAAUGCAUGGAAACAAAUGGGCAGCAAUAGCUAGGCUUCUUCCAGGAAGAACAGAUAAUGCUAUAAAAAAUCACUGGAAUUCUACACUUAAGCGCAGGUGCUUGGAUCUUGGAAGAUGCAUACCGCUGGGUGCUGGCAUGGUGGAAGAGGGCAGCCAGGACGCCCCUGACAAAAUGAAGGCAUCUUCUGAAGAAACCAUGUCAGCAGGGGAUAUCAAUUCAUUGAAUCCUACACAAAUUAAAAAUUUGGGGAUGGAUGGUGGUAUUGAUCAGCAUGAAGAUAAUCCUCCAAGAAACGAUGGUGCUGAAGUGGAGGAACAUCCUACCCUGUGUCAACCAGUAGCACGUGUUAGUGCAUUUAGUGUCUAUAAUCCCCCAAGCAGGGCGACAACUGGAUCCGCAUAUUCAAGGAUGCUCCCAAUGCAGGGCCCUUUGAUUCAAUCUUCCAAAGUUGAAGUGGGAGCGUGCAAGCUAUUCGAAGAUGUUGGCUGUGAGCCCAUGGUUCCGGUGCAAUGUGGUCAUGGCUGCUGUUCUGCAAGUUCUCAGGAAAGCCAUUCUCAUGAUUCGCUACUAGGUCCUGAGUUCAUUGACUAUUUGGAGCCUCCCUCCUUUUCAAGUCACGAAUUGAUCUCUAUAGCUACAGAUUUGAACAACAUUGCUUGGAUCAAGAGUGGCUUAGAUGCCAGAGUAACGGAGAAUGCAGUAAACUUAACAGCGUCUCAAGAUGUUGCUACUGCAUUUCAAAAUGGAUUCUUUGAAGAGGGAGCAGGCAAGGUUGUGGGUGUGAUGCAAGAUAUGAUGUCAACUCAGAUGUCUAGCCAUCCAUUUGCAAUGCCUGCAGAGGUUUGAUGGAUGAUUGCUGAUUUCACUGUCUUUCUUCGUGGCUUACUAUGGUGGGUGGAUUGGUGGUUGGAAGUUUGUCUCAACAGGGGCUUAAAAAUUAGCAUCGAGUUGUCCUUCCUCGUUGACGCCAGGUCACGAUAGUUUCCUUGAAAUACCUGGUGGGAGGUUUUUGGUCUGAAAAUAUACAUAUGGAAAUUUUGAUUCAGUCAAGAGUUCUUUUCCCGCCUUCUCAGUAUUGUGUCCCUAUGCCUACUUAACGGCACUAUAACCCGGACCAUUGCAUAUAUUCCAGCGAGAAGUUAAAUGCAGCUCUUGAUCUUGUAA